AUGGCGUGUCCCACCAGACGAGGACGACAGCAGCCCGGCUUUGCAUGCGAGGAGUGUCGCCGCCGCAAAGCGCGCUGUGAUCGCGUGCGUCCGAAAUGCGGGUUCUGCACUGAGAAUGAGCUGCAGUGUGUGUUCGUUGACAAGAGGCAGCAGAGGGGUCCGAUCAAAGGGCAGAUCACCUCGAUGCAGUCGCAGCUGGCAACGCUUCGAUGGCAGCUUGAUCGAUACCUGCGACAUCGACCUCCCCCGUCCAUAACCAUGGCCGGCGAGCUCGAUGAGCCACCAGCGGAUAUCCAGACGAUGCUGGAUGACUUUGAUGUACAGGUCGCCGCGCUGAAGCAGGAUGCCACGGCAACCACCACAAUGUCGACGUCGACAGCUCUCAUGCCUGCCCCAGCCAUCUCAUCUAAAGAUGCUGCUCCUGCUGGUGCUGGUUUAUCGUGGCCUGACCCAACCUGGCUGGAUCGCCAGUGGCAGGAUGUCAGCAGUACCAGCCUCGUCCCUCCAUCAGACCUGACAGUCUCGUCGGCCACUACCCUAACCGACCCUCUCAGCUUCGACCUUUUGAACGAGACUCCUCCUCCUCCUUCUACGACGACAACAACGUCGACGACGAGGCGAGACUCAUGUACUAAGGUCAUGUUAACUGACCUCAUCCGGGCUGAAUUAGACCAACUCUACUUCGACCGGGUCCACGCCUUCUGCCCCAUCAUCCACCGGCGACGGUACUUUGCGCGGGUCGCCCGAGAUAGCCAUACCCCAGCACAGGCAUGUCUGCAGUUCGCCAUGCGAACGCUCGCAGCGGCAAUGUCUGCUCACUGCCAUCUUAGCGAGCAUCUCUAUGCCGAGACCAAGGCCCUCUUGGAGACGCACAGCCAGACGCCCGCCACACCGCGAGACAAGGUCCCGCUCGAGCACAUCCAGGCCUGGCUGUUGUUAAGCCACUACGAGCUGCUGCGGAUCGGCGUGCACCAGGCUAUGCUCACGGCUGGCCGGGCCUUUCGUCUCGUGCAGAUGGCACGACUGUCAGAGCUGGAUGCCGGGUCAGAUCGACAGCUCUCGCCGCCGUCUUCGUCGCCGCCGUCUUCGCUAACCCUAUCUCCUUCGGGGGAGAAUGCUGAGAACUUCGUCGACGCCGAAGAAGGCCGGCGGACGUUCUGGCUUGCUUAUUGCUUUGAUCGUUUGCUUUGCUUGCAGAAUGAGUGGCCGUUAACGUUACAAGAAGAGAUGAUAUUAACCCGCCUCCCCUCCCUCGAACACAACUACCAGAACAAUCUCCCCGCACGCACGCCCUUUCUCACUGAAGCCAUGGCCCAGACCGGGCAGAGCACAAUGUCCCCGUUUGCCGAAUGCAUUAUCAUGGCCACCCUUCACGGCCGAUGUAUGACGCACCGCCGCUUCUACGCAAACAGCAACUCGACUGCGUCCGGCUCCGAGUUCGAGUCUGGCGCCGCGACGCGAGACUUCUGUAUCCGCCAGAAUUGGCUGUCGAAUGCAGUGGACCGGCGAGUCCAGAUGCUACAGCAGGUCUCCUCGCCCGCUGUUGACAGCGACCCGAUGCUGCUCUUCACGCAGACGCUCGGCUACCGCGCGACCAUGCACCUGAGCGAUACCGUCCAGCAAGUCUCCUGGCGGGCUCUCGCCAGCUCGCCCGUUGACCAGCAGCUACUGAGCCCGGGCGCGACGAUGUCGCUGUCGGCCGCCGCGUACCACCAGAUGGCCAGCCACGCAGCCGGCGAGAUCGUCCGCCUGGCGAAGGCCGUCCCCUCGCUGAGUCCGUUCAAGGCGCACCCGUUCCUACCCGAUACGUUGGCGUGCGCCGCCACGUUCCUCUCGACGGGCAGUCCCGAUCCCACGGGCGGCGAGGGGGUGCAGCAUCUGCUACGAGUGUUAAGCGAGCUGCGCGAUACACACAGCCUGGCGCGGGAUUAUUUGCAGGGGUUGUCGGUGCAGACGCAGGACGAAGAUCAUAGACAGGAUACGAGGUGGUAUUGUACAUAG